CAUCCAACACCUUUCUCCCGCACAACCUUCCGCGCCCACAUUCCGCCCACACACGCGCUUCUCCACCUCGUGCUAAAGUGCUGCCGCAAAGUGACGGUCAAAAUUACAACGAGCCACCCAAUCGCGCAUGGCGGAUCAACAACCGGGCGGACCGACGUUGUCUGGAGGAGGAGGGAGUGCAGGCGUGCCCGGAGGGGGCGGCGGGAGUGGAGGUGGUGGUGGAGGUGGAGGGAGUGGUGGUGGUGGUGGUCUCUUCCAAUGCGGCGACUGUGGCCGGUCGUACACCCGUGCCGACCAUCUGGCUAGGCAUGUCCGCUCUCAUACGCAGGAAAAGCCUUUCCCCUGUACCAUCUGCCUCAAGCGGUUUUCACGCGCCGACCUCUUGAAACGACAUUUCCUCAACCACGACGAGAACAAUGACAGCAAGCGGCAGCGACGAGCUCGAUCACCGACCGCUCCGGGACGAGUAACGCAGGCAUGCAAGGCAUGCGCAACCGCGAAGUUGAAGUGCGAAGAGGAGAAGCCUUGCCAUCGGUGCGAGCAGAAGGGGAUGAAGUGCGAAUACGUGCUGCUGGAGGCCGUCAGAAAACUUCCGAAGGGAAUCAAACGAGAGUAUGACGAUCCUUCGGAUGGCGGCGUCUUGCCGAGCCAACUUCCGCUAAAUCCGACCAGUGCACCGCACACGUUCCAUGAUGCCAGCCAUAUCACCACCACCUUUCCUGGAACCCAAGCACCUACCCCCGAAACGAUGUCGAAUUACUCGGUGCCGGAUCAUUCGGGCGAGACACAACAGUAUGUGGUGCAGUACGGGGGCGGCUACAGCGGAGAUCCGAUGCAUGCCGCGAAUCUCUCGGCGGGACGCAACUUUGUGCAAAGCAUGCACCACAUCACGGCUCGCCAUCCAGCGGCUCGGGAUCUGCUCAACUUCGGGAUGAUGAAUGACCUGGAGCUUGAUGAGAUGGACUUUGGAUUGUUGGAUACCUACAACGAGAUGUUUGUUGCGCCUGGGGCCAUUCCUUUCGACUUUACGUAUCCGCACAUCCCGGCGCAACACAUCACCCACCAACCAGAGACUACAUCACCUCCACCAGCAGGCACGAAGCAACUCGCGCUUGGUGUAGAAGCGUUCAAGCGAUCGCAUCUCAGAUGGUCUCCUACCCAUGAGAACCGGGGGAAUGCGGAGCAUGACGGACUAUCGAUACCGUCCGAUGCGAGCCCCCGCAUACAAAUGAACUGGCGUGCAAUUAACCUCCGCUUGGAUCACAGCGCACGCGAUAGAGUAUUGGCGGUGGUUCUCUGCAUGUGCGAUUUCAAUAAUCGGCUUCAAGCAGUUUCCAGCUUUCCCUCCGCGGAGAUGCUGGAUAACCUUAUGAACCUUUAUUUUCAUUAUCAGCGGGAGUCGUCCGGCGCUUGGAUACAUCCUGCUACCUUUAACCCUUCCACUGCGAGCCCUGAGCUGUUGACCAUCAUCGUCGCUGCCGGCGCUGUCUUGACCCCGGUUCCCGCUAUACGGAAAUUGGGAUACUCAUUGCAGGAAGCAGUCCGUAGUUCGCUCGGUCAAUUGUUCGAAUCCAACAACUCUGCCACGAGGAACCUAGAGACACUGCAAGCCUUCAUGUUGCAGCUCGAAAUCAGUCUCUGGUCAGGCAACAAGCGGAAGAUAGAAAUCGCCGAGUCUUUCCGGCAGACCAUCACUACGAUGCUGCGUCGGGCUGGAAAAUUCAAGCGGGCCCAGUAUCCUCCUGUGAUGCUGCACCCCGGUGACAACGGCGAGAUAUUGGAUUCACGGUGGAAGCAGUGGAUCGAGCAGCAGCAUUAUAUACGGCUGGUAUUCCAGCUCUUCCAGCACGAUUGCCAGGCAUCGAUGGCGUAUCUCGUCAACAUCAUCAUCUCCUAUGCCGAGCUAUCACUCCCACUCCCCGAGAGCCGCCAGCUAUUCUUUGCAGCUACAGCUCAAGAUUGGAAGGCUUUGUACCUCUCAACCCCUGGGAACCCCAACAUAAGGACUCCCAGCUUUACCGACAGUAUCCAUGACUUCCCCGACCUCAAUAUCCCCCAAAACUUCAACAGUGGCCGCAUAGACCUUGAAUUGACGGAACUCAACACCCUAUUCGGCCUUUGGGGUCAACUAUGGGAUUACCGUCAGCGCCAGUCAAUCCGACGUACGGCGGAACGCCCCACCUCACCGCAGCCCGACCAACUCAACAAGAACCUACUCAGCCCGCGUUACCAGUCGCCGCACUGCCGCUUCCUGCUCGAGCUUCUCGGCAUGACCCUCUACGUCUCACUCGAGGACCUGCAGGCGUUUGCGGGCAAGGAAGACGAGGAGGAGAGCAUGCGCGCCUACCCCAUCGUGCAGGGCUGGAUCCAAGGCCCCGAGUCACGCCUGGCGGUAUGGCACGCGGGGCAGCUGCUGCGUGAAGCACGCACCUUUGGGCCCGGCGGCCUCCGCGAGUUCUGGGCGGUCGGCGUGUACCACGCCGCAAUCACGCUGUGGGCAUACGGCGUGCUCCUGAAGCUGCCGGCCCCGCAGAUGAUGGACUCGGGGAUGACGCACAGCAGCGGCAGCAGCAACAGCGCCUCCGCCACGCCCGAGGCGCAUCUCGCCGGCGGCAGCGACGAGGACGUCGUCUACAUCGACGGCGUCGACACUCAAGCGGCCGGGCGCUUCAUCGACUACAACCGUGGACGCCCGAUGAUCUGUGGCUUCACCGGCGAAGUCGACGUGCGCUCCCCCGGGCGCGUAAUGAAGGCUGUCGCCGAGCUGCUCCGGAGGAAUCAUGCCGUCACGUCGGAGGAAACUACGCCGCCGCCGCUGGUGGAGAAUCUCGUCGAGCUGAUGGAGGAGCUGGGCGAAGCGGCGGAUGCGCAUUGAGGUACCGAUGUAGCUAGCUGGCAUACACGUGGAAUGAUGGCGUUGAUUUCUGUUCUUUUUGUUCUUUCUGAUUUCGCGCGCUGAAGGGGUGUUUGUGCAUAUUCGCGUUUAAUAUACUGUGCUUGUUUUUUGC